AAACUCUCUUUUCUCUCUCUCUCUCUCUCUCUCUCUCUCAAACUUUGAAGGUUGCUUGUGUCUUUUUGGCGUCAAGGCAAGCACAAUGGGUGAUUUACUGAAUAAAGAACAGAUUGUUGAGUUUCAGCAGGCCUUCAGCCUAUUUGACAAAGAUGGAGAUGGUUGCAUUACUGUGGAAGAACUAGCAACGGUGAUAAGGUCACUGGAUCAAAACCCAACUGAGGAAGAACUUCAAGACAUGAUUAGUGAAGUUGAUGCUGACGGAAAUGGGACCAUAGAUUUUGCAGAGUUCUUGAAUCUCAUGGCCAAAAAAAUGAAGGAGACUGAUGUUGAGGAAGAGCUCAAAGAAGCUUUCAAAGUUUUUGACAAGGACCAAAAUGGGUACAUAUCAGCUAGUGAGCUGAGGCACGUGAUGAUCAAUCUUGGUGAAAAAUUAACAGACGAAGAGGUCGAUCAGAUGAUUAGGGAGGCUGACUUGGACGGUGAUGGUCAAGUUGAUUUUGAAGAAUUCGUCAAGAUGAUGUUGACCGCUGGAUGAGAGUUUUAU